AUGAUUACUGAUUUAUUCAAAAUAAGACACGAUGAACCAAAGUCAGUUAAAAUUCUUCGACGUACUGUUAUCAUUAUAGCUACAGGAUUAUCAAUUACAGCAUUUGCCGUAUUAUGCAUUGAAGUUCGUGACGAACUGCCUAGUGUUAAUAUAAGAUAUAAAACAUCCAAUAGUCUGCCUACACCAGGGAAUUACAAUUGUAGCGACUAUAUCAAUAAAACUGUAUAUGAUACUUCACAGUCUAAAUAUUUAGCUUUAUUUUCAUCAAGAUAUGAUAUAACUUCUCGUAGUAGAUAUACUCUUUCGAUAAAUAUCACAGACCCUAGAUACAACAUUUCCAAUCAAAAUGAUUACAUGGAAAUGUAUGCUUAUGAUGGAGAAUAUGAUUUAUUGAUGAAUCCAUUAAUUUAUCAACAAAUUCAAUUUGAAGAAUCACUUUAUCUGAAGAACGCUUAUUUUUUUGGGCAACCUAGAAAUGACAUAGCUGUAUGUAUACAUGUAUUUAAUCCUUUUGAAGAGCACGCUAUUAUUCCAGAUAUUUUAAGUUACUUUGGUAGACAAACAUAUAUUGACAUACCUUAUCUUGAAUCAUAUAUGUCGUUUGUUAUGACUGCGAAUUCAAACAGUUCUUAUUAUGCAAUAUUACGAUUUAUUGUGUCUCCUCCAUUUAUUAUAAUAGAAGAAACAGAAGAAAGGAGCAAAACUAUUUUGAGCUCAUUAGGUAUUAUUGGUGGUAUUUGGAGUUUUGUUGUUGCUCUUUAUAUACUUUUAUUCGGAUCUGGUUCAGUAUCACCAUGGGGUUUGGUACAAAAAUCAAAAUUAUUCAAAAAUAAAUAUGAAAAAUAUAUUAUGCCAUUUACUUAUGAAUCCGAUACUACUGAAGAUUUUAAUUCCUCGAUACAAAGACGACUCAAUAAUAUAGAAAAAAGAAUCCAAUUCUAUGAUAAAUUCAUUAUUGAUAAUCCAUUAUUAAAUUUCGAUAAUAAAGAUGAAAACCCCACUAAAUCUAUUUAA